AAAAAAAGAAAAAAGAUUAUAUCUUUCGUAAAGAAAAAUAUCUUAUAAGAUGUGAUACGAGGUGAUACGUUAAACUCCAUCCAUAAAGAAUUAUUAAAAAAUAUUAUUAAUGAUAUCACAUUCGUACGUUUACAUGUAAGAAUAUUAACUUACAUCAGGGGCAUACUCCAAAGUUAGUUCCAAUGGUGAUCCUUAAGGUGGCAUAAUUGAAACUUCGAUAAUUGAUUAUUUACAUCGAAAUCUGAAGAUCCUCUCGUUCGAUAUUAUCACAAACCGUCGAUUUUAUUUGUCCACCUGACAAGCUUUAUAGUUCGAAUAAAUAUUUUUUAAUAUAAUUGAAUGAAGCGCAGGAAGAUCGUUAUCUGAUAACAUUUAAGUUUCAGUCUUCAUAAAUAAUUACUACCUGCUUGAAAUCAUAUCUCUAUGAGUUGUUUAUAAUAAUUAAAAUAAAAAAAAAAAAACAAAAAAAAACAAAAAAAAAACAAAAAAAAAAGAAAACAAUUCCUUUUUUAUUUUAUUAACAAGAAAAGAAAAAAGAAAAAAAAAAAAAAAACAGAAAAAAAAAGUUCACGGAUUAUUCUUUGUGAUACGAGUUAAACAAAUUAUUCUGUAAAUAUAAAAUCGUAUAUUAUGCAAAUUUUAAAGUCAUUUCCCUAUAAUUAAAGUUUGUACAUAAAUCAAGAUUGUUCGAUGACCCCGCUAUGCUAAGCACUUUCUGUGGUAUUUCUUGAUAAACAGUAGAAUAAACUGUAUUACUAGACGUUGGCACUUUAGCUAAUGUUUCUCCUUGAUAAGUUAAAUGAUAUACAUGAGGUGCAGCACCAGCUGCUAUGAUACGUUCUUCAUAUAUAUGUGCAACAUGAAUUCCUUGAUCGGUAAGAUCAAAUACUGUGGCAGGUUCCAUUGUGCGCAUAUGCCAUAAAGAUAAACUAGGUCCGCCGCCACACAGCUAAAAAUAUUUAUGUUUUUCUUUUUUGUCUUUUUUAUUCAUUUCUUUUUCUCUCUUUUUUUUUUUUUUCUUUUUCUUUUUUUUUUUUUGGUUUGAAUAAUAACUAUUUAUUCGCUUGAUUUAUGAGAUGCCUUCAUGAAGGCAUAUAUAUAAAAUAAAGACUGAUCACGUACCAACCAAUCUUCCGUGAAAUCAACAGCACCUAUCCAUUUACCAAACUUUGGACGUGCCACUUUAUCUACCAUAUGUGGAUUCAAGAUAUUUGUAUUUUCUUUUUUACGUAAGUCCCAUAACCUAACUGAUCCAUCUUCGCUACUCGAUGCAAGUUGAUUGCCUCUAUAAUAAUACAAAUUCAUUGGAAAUAUUUCUAAACUAUUAUUCAGAUUCAUUAAUUCAUAUAAAAAGAAAUAGACUUACGCUAAAGAUAAACAAUGUAUAAAGUCUGUGUGACUUUGUAAAUUUCUAAGUAUUUUUCCUUCUUCCAAAUUUAUAACAUAAAUAUUAUUAUCUCCGCAACCGGCAUAUAAAAUAUUAUUUAAUUUGGAAUAUACCAUAAAAUUUACAUCAGGCUUUUCGUAACUAUCUCUAGAAAUAUUACAUACAAGUUAAAAAUCUUUUUAAUUUUCAUUAUUUCAUAUUCAUUGAAUGUUUUGAUAUUAUUAUACUUAUUAGCUGGAAUUUGAAUAACCCAUGAUGGUUUGCUCUUAGUAGCUUUACUAGAUGCAACUACUUUCCAAUCCCAUCCUGAUAUUUCACCGACUGUACCAAUAAUUAGAAAAUUAUUUGUUGCGAUCAUGCUUUCAACAUGUUGAUCAGGAUAGACGGUCGAACGAUAAUUAGGACCUUGCAAUUCAUUUUCUUCGACUUUAUGAGGUGUCAAAACUUUCGUUAAACUAUAUAAAUAUAUAUUAUAUAAUGAAAAUUAUACAUUCUUACCUAUUAUAUCUUAGUUUACUUAAAAAUAACAAACGAUCAUUGAAUUUCGUUUAUACAUAUACAAUUAACCUAUAUUAGAAAAUUUUUCAUAUUAUAAUUAAACUCACUCAAAUAUGGAUAUAUCACCGUAAAUAUUUCCUGCUGCAAGGUAAUUCCCAUCGGUUGAAAAAGUUUGCGAUAAUAUAGUAUUAUAAAAUAAUUUGUGAUCAAACAUUUUCACGAGAACUUCGCUUACCAACAAACACUAACUAUCCGCCAUCUAUAUAUGUGACGUCACAGAAGUAUCGAUGAUUCGAUAUUAAGACUGUUCAUUAUCGUUUAUUUCUUUAAUAAUUUUUACAUUAUCGAUAAUAACAGACAUAAUUUUUGAUUGAUUUUUAUUACAAUAUCAUUUUAAUGAUCAAAGUUUAAUCUUUUUCGUAUUUUUGAAAAAGCUUUAUUUUCUUUGUAAACAAUCGUAAAUAUAAAGAAUAGUAUUUUUCGAGAAUAAUCUAUGCACAAAUAAAAACCUUUUUCAAAAACUCGAGAAAAGUAUGAUCUAGAUUAAAUCUUCGUCUUUAAAUUGAGAUUUCUUUCAUAAAAAUUGAUCGAGAAUUAUUCCUUUCCUCGUUGAUGGCGUAAAUGAUGUUUACGACAUUUUUCGUGGAGAAAAAGUUUAAUACUGUGGCGCCCCUCGUAUAUUUGCGGCAAAUGAGAAGAAGCUCAUAUUUUCACUACGCGUCAAAUACUAAACUAUUUACUCUAACCUACACGAAACUAAUAGUUAUGUGUACGUGAGAGAAGCUUAUAUAUCGAUACAAUAGACACAUAGUGAGGAUAGCAUUCCCCAUUUGUAUUCCUAGUUCAUAUUUUGUCCAUACCUUGUGUCGCUAAAGUCGCACACAUGCUUCAAACAAAAUGUAAUGCAUAGCCUUAACGAUAUAGGUUACAUAUAAAUAGUAUAAUGUUUUCACAUCCCUUCCACAUGUAUGUUGCCAUAGUAAUAUUCGAAGUAUAAACAAUAAACACGCUGUAUUUAAUUAGAUUCAUUACUGACAGUCGAUACGUGUUAUUGAACGUAUCAUAAUUUAAAUUUCUCUAAUAUUUAUCUAAAUAUUAGAUUAUAUCAAUCUAUAAAUUAAUUAUUCAUUCAAUUUUAAUAGUUAAUCGUCAAUAAGAAUAAAUGAGUAUUAUAACUGCAAGGAAAUAUACGACGAUAAUAAUCGGACAAUAUUUAAUUUUAUUUUUCGAUAUUUGCGUUAAUUCUUUUGGAAGUUUCGCUAGGCAACAUCCAAUUAAUUUAUUAGUUCUUUAUGUCAUUCAAGAUUUUUGCCUUAUCGUAGCACUUACUAUACUUUUGGUUAACAUUUUCUCGACAUAUAUUUUUCAGGCAGGAUUAAUACAAUUAUUGUAUAUUCGAUUUCGUAUGACAUUAAUUGUCUGUAUUUUAUAUUUGGUAUUAAGUAUCAUUUUACAUACAUGGCAUAUUACAUUACAUUGGUCUAAUCCGUUAACACAUAAUUGGACAAAAGGAUUUCAUGCCAUAUUUGCUGUGCAUAGAAUAGUUUCAGUUUUCUAUUAUUAUUUCUAUAAGAGAGCAGCUUUAAAAAUUGCAGACCCAAAAUUGUAUGAAGGAUCCAGUUGGGUAGAAAAACAGUUGAGUCUUCUAUGAAUAUUUAUUUUCUUAUAAGGGAAAAUUUUUAAAUCUGAAGGAACUUUAUAUUUAUAUAAAAUACAUAUGAAUGGCCUAAAUCAACGCAAACAUUAUGUCCGAUUCUAUUUACAAGAUAAUCUCUCCGAAUGGCAUCAUUUAUUGAUAUUAUCAAGAUCAUAUAAGCAAUAUAUAAGACUAAUCACACUGUAUGGUUGCCAUGAAGGAAAAGUAA